UAUGCGUGGAUCCUUGAUUUCAGCACCAUUUCUUGGAUAUUUGCUAAAAUAAUAAGCAAAAAUCAGAGUGGCUAAUGUCAUCAUGACAGAGUAACCUCUAACCAAAGAAGGCAAUAUAGAGAUGUCUUAGAAGUUGUGUGCGUAUAUAUAUAUCAUUUGUUAAUAUUAAGUAACCAAUCUGUUGUUAAUUUGUGUGACAUCACUGCUUAAUUGAAACCAGCAGCAAGAUUAUUACCAUAAUAAUAAUUGUUUGAUCACUUUGUCAAAGAAAAUUAAUUUGAUUUACAAACUCCAAUUAUAUUCUUUGAUGAACAUAUUCACUUUGCAGCCAGAGCUUGGUUCACAUUUAGAUAUUUUGGAUUCAAAAAAGUAUUUGUUUUAGAUGGAGGAUAUUCAAAAUGGUAGAAUCAUUAAUCAGCUGAAUUUUAGGAUCACAAUAUUUGUAUAUAAUUAUUUCAUAAAUAUAGAGGAUCAACCAAGAUUUUAAGGUAGAAUCAUGAGUACUUCUGAAGUUUCUAGAAUUUCUUAGUUAAAACAUACAAAAGAUCCAAAAGGAGAUGAAUGGGCAAUUGUUGAUACUAGAGAUAGUACUCGUUUUAAAAAAGGAUCAAUACCUGGAUCUAUUAAUAUAGAAUUUACAGAAUAUUUGAAUGAAGAUAAAACAAUGAAAUCUGAUGAAGAUUUAAAAUUAGUUUAUGAAAAAAAUGGAAUAGAUUUGAAUAAAACAAGAAUUAUAAAUACUUGUUAAACUGCUAAAUUAGCUUGUAUAGCAACAAUAGCUUAAGAAAUUUUGAAAACUAAAUAGUAAGUUAAAUUUAUAAAAUUUAGAUAAAUCUUAUAUGAUGGAUCUUGGGAAGAUUGGAAAUUGGAGAAUCGUAAGAAAUGAA